AUGGCAGAAGAAGAGGUGACGCCCAUUGACCGGAAACAUGGCCAUCACCAGGACAAUAUCGCGGAGAAAAUCGAGCAUAAGACCGAGACUCUCCAGGCGAAAGCCAAGAACAUGAAGCCGCAGAAAGACGAGCAGGACAAGAAACCCAAGGGUGGAUUCGACGAUACCCCAAUCCCUUACGCUCCUCCUGGCUACAAUGUGAAAAUCACCUUUCAUCGCGCCAAUGCCCUUCCCUUUGCUGACAUCAAUUCCCUCUCCUCCGACCCCUACGUUCUCACCCAGCUGUACACCAAGCUCCCGACCCGCCACAAACAAGACCCCAACCUCUUCUUCCGAACAACCACCAUCCGUCGCAAUGUUGAUCCAGUGUGGAAUGAGGAAUGGAUUGUGGCCAAUGUCCCAUCGAGUGGCUUUGCUCUGAAAGCCCGAAUUUACGAUGAGGAUCCUGCGGACCACGAUGAUCGCCUAGGCAAUGUCUCCUUGAACAUUGGCGGAAUCAGCGAGUCAUGGGAGGGCAUCAAAGAGCAGGCCUUCAAGGUCAAAAAACGCAUGGGCAGCAAGCGAGCCUACUUUGUGAGGGGAUGUGCCGCAAUGUUCAACAGAAAUGUGAAGAUGUCGGGCGACCUGGUAAUGAGCGUGGAGGUGCUGGGCCGAACGCAGUCGGACAAUGGAGGUCACAUGUACACUAUUGGGCCAUGCACCUGGAGCAAGCACUUCAGUCCCAUGAUAGGCCGCUUAGCAGGGACGAAGGAGCCUGGGCACUCAGGCACCGACAAAUACAAUUUCCAAUCAAAUCAAAUGCAGCUGGCUGGUCCUGUGCCUCCAGAACUUUACCACCGCUAUGUCGAAUUCAAGCCAUUCGUUGCCGGAAUGUUUACUUCCACCUCGCUCAAAGGCCGCCUUCUCAAUCGCGCGCUCCACCACCAGCAUGCUCGUAUAUACAAUUACGAUCGAACCACUAUUUACGGCUCAUUUCCGGCACCGUCCCCUGAUCUGACUCUCCAACUCCUUGAUCUUUGUCACUGGGACAAAGGCGGCCGCAUUUUCACGUAUGUUAUCACACUAGACGGUCAAUGGCGCUUUACAGAAACCGGCAAGGAAUUCGGCAUCGACAUGUUGAGCAAGCACACCAUGCAUAGUGAUGUCAACAUCUACAUUGCCUACUCCGGUGAAUUCUUCAUUAGACGUCUCAAACAUCCUCACAGCUCAGGCUCCCCCGAUGAACAACCAACACAUCCACCCGUGGAGAUCGACAACGGUCCGCCGUCAGGCGAGCCACCGAAAGACCCCGCAUACUAUAGCCUCAUCAUUGACAAUGACAGUGGCACUUAUCGGCCGAACGCCAAGAAGCUCCCACAGCUCAAAGAGUUCUUGCAAACGUCUCUCCCUGGACUUAAGGUGGUAACGCUCGAUUGCCAAGCUGAUGAGGAAAAGAUGGGCAGGUGGAAACAAGAACAGCGCGAUCGAAAGAAGGCCGAAGGUAGCGGACAAGUACUCAUUCAAGGGGACGACUCAAGUAUCAGCAGCAGCGAAUACAGCGAUCUAGAUGAGCAAGAAAGACUAGCGACAGGCCAGCAAAAGAUAAGCAAGAAGAAGAAGAUGGAGAUGAAGCUGCAUUUGAAGAACCAGGCGGAGGCGAAAGGUGAAGAGCCGCCGCAGGAAGCAAUGGACGGCCAGCCACUUGGAAAAGAGGCUACACAACAGAUCCUUGAUGAGAAGAGUAAUGGACACCCUAGUGGGCCGAGUGGGAGUGGGAUGAAGCAGGAGACAGUCCCGAAUGCUGUCGAUAUUAAUAACGAGAAAGUUGAGCGACAGUGA